UACAGGUUGGGGGUCUUUCACUCAGGAAUUUCAUCAUCUUCUGCUUUUAAGAAACAGCACAAAGUGAUCCCAUGCUGGCAAAUCGUCAGGGUCAUUCCUGCAACAGACAGAUUCAAGGCCAGCCCCAAACUCAGCCAAGAGCAAAGCAAACACUCCAGCCUUAUCUGGGCGGGGUUGUGUGGAGACUGACUAUAAGACUAUACCUGAGACUGGUCAUCUCAGUUCUUUUCUCACCUUGACUGCAAGAUGAAACUCCUUGUGCUAGCUGUGCUGCUCACAGUGGCCGCCGCCGACAGGGGCAUCAGCCCUCGGGCCGUGUGGCAGUUCCGCAAAAUGAUCAAGUGCGUGAUCCCGGGGAGUGACCCCUUCUUGGAAUACAACAACUACGGCUGCUACUGUGGCUUGGGGGGCUCAGGCACCCCCGUGGAUGAAUUGGACACGUGCUGCCAGACACAUGACAACUGCUACGACCAGGCCAAGAAGCUGGACAGCUGUAAAUUUCUGCUGGACAACCCGUACACCAACACCUAUUCAUACUCGUGCUCUGGCUCGGCAAUCACCUGUAGCAGCAAAAACAAAGAGUGUGAGGCCUUCAUUUGCAACUGCGACCGCAACGCUGCCAUCUGCUUUUCAAAAGCUCCAUAUAACAAGGCACACAAGAACCUGGACACCAAGAAGUAUUGUCAGAGUUGAAUAUCACCUCUCAAAAGCAUCACCUCUAUCUGCCUCAUCUCACACUGUACUCUCCAAUAAAGCACCUUGUUGAAAGAC